CCCGACGGGAGACGCGCCGGCUCGCCGCCCGCGAACGCGCCCUCCGACCCCAGCUGCCUCCGCGCCUCCUGCCUCUCUCAAGAGUGGAGGGGAAACGAUGGAGACCGAGUCCCGGGCGCAAACAACAAAUCAGACGCAAACAGAUUCAUUAUCUCCAUCCCCUAAUCCUGUGUCACCUGUGCCUUUGAAUAACCCAACAAGCACCCCAAGAUACGGAACUGUGAUCCCUAAUCGCAUCUUUGUAGGAGGAAUUGACUUUAAGACAAAUGAAAAUGAUUUAAGAAAAUUUUUUUCCCAGUAUGGGUCUGUAAAAGAAGUGAAGAUUGUUAAUGACAGAGCUGGAGUGUCCAAAGGGUAUGGUUUCAUCACUUUUGAAACUCAAGAAGAUGCACAAAAGAUCUUACAAGAGGCUGAAAAACUUAAUUAUAAGGAUAAGAAACUGAACAUUGGUCCAGCAAUAAGAAAACAACAAGUAGGGAUUCCUCGUUCUAGUAUAAUGCCAGCUGCUGGAACAAUGUAUUUAACCACUUCAACUGGAUAUCCAUAUACUUACCAUAAUGGCGUUGCUUACUUUCAUACUCCAGAAGUAACUUCUGUCCCACCAUCUUGGCCUUCACGUUCCAUAUCUAGUUCUCCUGUGAUGGUAGCUCAGCCGGUUUACCAACAGCCUGCAUAUCACUACCAGGCCCCAGCACAGUGUCUACCAGGGCAGUGGCAGUGGGGGGUUCCCCAGUCCCCUGCAUCUUCUGCUCCAUUCUUGUAUCUGCAACCUUCUGAGGUUAUCUAUCAACCAGUAGAAAUUGCACAAGAUGGUGGCUGUGUUCCUCCUCCACUGUCUCUGAUGGAAGCUUCAGUUCCAGAGCCUUAUUCUGACCAUGGAGUUCAAGCAGCAUAUCACCAGGUUUAUGCUUCAAGUGCCAUUGCUAUGCCUGCACCUAUGAUGCAGCCUGAGCCAAUUAAAGAACCAAGGUUACAUUCUGUGAGGAGAAGCUAUUCUCAACCUUCAUCUGUGGGUUUGAAACCUCGAUAUUCUCGAAGCCCACACUUUCAUCCUAGAAAAGAUUUCAGAGCAGAGGAUUCAGUUUCCACUCCACCUUCCUGUACUGACUUUGUUAAGCAGACUCUUGGAGAACUGUUUUGUCCAGAAAUAGAAAAUAACUAGACCCCUAUGCGGUCUAGUAACAAAUGGGUUUGGGAAUAUGCUUAAGGUUAAAUGUUUUUGC